AUGGUUUCCAAGGAUCCUGUUCCCUUUAAGCCCUCCCACUAUUCAAACUCGUCCGAUUCCAAGGAACGCAACUCGUACAUUGGCAAGGUCAAGUCUGAAAACAUCAACCAUGUCCCACAAGCUCCUCCCGCACUUUCUUCCAAAGACAAGGCAACUCAGCGCCUGAUUGUUGUGCUUUCUAACGCAUGCAUUGAAUCGAUUAAGAUCUCGACCUCAGGCGGUGACCGGUAUGCUCUGCUCAACUGCGAUGACCACCAGGUGAUUCUUAAGAAACAAAAGCGCGACAUUGCGGAUGCACGCCCAGAUAUUACGCACCAGUGCCUACUUACACUGCUAGAUUCGCCCAUUAACAAGGCCGGUAAACUUCAGGUUUAUAUUCAGACUACCCGUGGUGUUCUCAUUGAAAUCAAUCCUACAGUCCGUAUUCCACGUACCUUUAAGCGAUUCAGCGGUUUGAUGGUUCAGCUGCUCCACAAGCUGUCCAUCCGAUCUGUGGAUUCGGAAGAACGUCUUCUCAAGGUCAUCAAGAAUCCCAUCACCGACCAUCUCCCCACAAAAUGCAGAAAAGUUACUCUAAGUUUCGACGCCCCUGUCAAGCGUGUCCAAGACUACGUCUCUACCCUGGAUGAUGAUGAGAGCUUAUGUGUCUUUGUGGGUGCCAUGGCUCGCGGUAAGGACACUUUUGCAGAUGAGUAUGUGGAUGAGAAAAUUGGUGUUUCCAAUUACUCUCUCUCUGCUUCUGUGGCCUGUAGCAAGUUCUGUCAUGGCUGUGAAGAUGCUUGGGGUAUUCUAUAA